AUGCGUUUUACUCCAGCCCUCCUACUGCUUGCCACUGCUAUAGACAUCACCACCGCCGCGCCUACCGCCGACCCUCUUGAGCUCAGUGCUCGCAGCCAAGAUGCGAAGAACGAAUACGUCGAUGUGGAAAUCUGCUCGAAGAGAAAAUGGGAAGACUGUGCUGAUAUCAGAGUCCGGAUUCAAAAUACAUGCCAUACCUUAAUCGGUACUACCCUCAAAAACAAAGUCAACUCCAUUCAAAUCCCUUCUGGAUACCGCUGUCGCUUCUGGUCUUCAAUAAAGUGCAGGGGUGAUAGCACGCCCGAUAUCAACACCUCAGAGUGGUAUGACCUCCCGUCGGGCAUGGAGGACAAGGCGAAUUCAAUCAAGUGCUAUAAAAACUGA